UUCAUCUCAACCAGCUGUUUUUUGCAUAUUAUUUUCGCCAAACCACUUUGCGAUUAAGCGACGGGAGAUAAAAAAUUAACCAGCAGAUAAGCUCAAAACUAACCUUGAAUAAUGAAGUUCCUGCAAACAAUCCGCAAGAUGAGCCAAGAAAUCUCUGACGUCAAGCUUUCGGCACUUCGUCUAAAGUACCAUGAACGGAAGGAGGCUUUCCUGGAAGAGAAUAUCAAUGUAAAAAACCCCUUUUGCGUGUUUCGCGAUUGGCUGGAGUUGGCCCUGAAAACACCGGAGAUUUUGGAGCCCAAUGCCGCCGCUUUGGCCACCGUCAGUCCCGAAGGAAAACCAUCGAAUCGAUUUGUCUUAGUGAAAGAAGCUACCGCUGAAGGUUUCACUUUUUUCACCAACUACAAAAGUCGCAAGGCCGAUGAGAUCAAGGCCAAUCCCAAUGUAGCCAUAUCUAUCUACUGGCUUCCUUUGCGAAGGAGUGUCCGCAUCGAGGGCGUGGCCGAGAAGAUUCCGCUAGAGGAUUCCCUUAAGUAUUUUCACGAACGGCCCAGGGCCAGUCAAAUUGGAUCCGCUGCCAGUCCUCAAAGCCAGCGGAUUCCGUCGCGAAACUACUUGGACCAGGUGGAGGCAGAAAUCAAGGAGAGACUAGGUCCCGAUGGAGAGGUUCCACUGCCCAGCUGGGGCGGUUACCUAGUGCGGCCCAACCUCAUUGAAUUCUGGCAGGGCCAGACCGAUCGCCUUCACGAUCGUAUCCGCUUUAGACGAGGUGCUGGAGUGGAAUCCGAGGUCGACGGGGAACUCGUCCACAAGGGAGAGGAUGGUUGGGUCUACGAGAGAUUGGCUCCCUAAGCAUGAAAAUCUGUCUUUCAGCAACAUAUGGAUUCGCACUGUCUUCCAAAUGUAAUUGAAAUGGACGAGAAGUUUUUCAAAUGUUAAAUACACAAUAUUGCUGAUUA